AUGGUGAACUCUAUUAACGAAACACCCAACCGUUCCCUCAACGGAAGAACCCCAGCCUCGGUCAAUGCAGAGAACGAAUCUGAAGUGAGACUAGACGCUUACUUAGUGAGACGAAAAGCUCAGAAAAAACCACCGAUCCUCAAAAAGUCGUCUAAACGAAAGCGUACGCCGUAUACCUUCAAGAUAGGUGAUCAAGUGCGCAUUUCUCACCUGCGACGACAGUUUCAACGUGACUAUGAUCAGACGUUCACCGAGGAAAUCUUUAUUGUCAGUCAUCGUUUUGUCUCACAAGGCAUUCCUAUCUACAAAAUAAAGGACAUGAUGAACGACCCCAUUCAAGGGAGUUUUUAUGCCAGCGAACUACAAAAGGUAUCUAAGGAUGAACAGACUCAAUGGAGGAUUGAAAAAAUCAUCAGGAAACGGAAAGUUCGCGGAAAACCGGAAGUACUAGUUCGAUGGUUAGGUUGGCCCAAGAAAUUCGACAGUUGGAUUCCUGAGGUCGAUGUAAAAAACAUUUGA